CAAAGUAUUUUAAUGUUUUAGCCAGAAAUAUUUCAACACAACGAGGUAUGAUAGCCUAUUUAACAUACAGUCACUUAUAUUUUAAAUGCAUUCAUUAGAGAAGUAAACAAUCAACAUAGCAUUACGCAUUUGGAUAGUUUUGUACAGCAAUGCGCGCAGUGUUGUGUGUGAAUCCUCACUGGGAUUGAAACGUCGCCUUUACCUUAUUAGGGUUGGGUGGUUCCUCUGUGAAUGAUUUUUCAAAAGUCCACACCAGGCCGUGAAAAGCCACCUCUAGGGGUCCUCUCAGUUUGUAGGUAUUGCUUUGCCUUGAAUGUCCCACAUUAUGGCAUUAAAUGGCUCCAUCUUUUAUUCAAUCACAGAUGCAGAGUGUCCAUGAGGCUUGUAUUGACUGAGAAUCGAACUGUUAAAUACAUCAAUAUUUACAACAAUGCGGCAGAUGGCGUGCCAGUCCAGAAGGAUGGAGAGCAGCUCUCUAUGGAGGACACUACGUCGAUCCUGCCUCGGUUGAAGAGGAACUCAAACGCGUAUGGGAUCGGGGCAUUAGCUAAGUCCUCUCUGUCAGGUGUGUCAGGAGUCACCCGCUCGAUGAAGGAGAGGGUGACCAAGCCCACAGCCAUGGCUCAGGGCCGCGUCGCGCACAUGAUCGAGUGGCAGAACUGGGGCAUGACGACGGUGGGGGGUCCACAGUCCCGCAUCAGCACCAAGGAGCAGGAGAAGGCUCGGCGGCUUGAGAACGAUGCGUACAGCGAUCUGAGCGACGGAGAGAAGGAAGCACGCUUUGCUGCAGGCAUCUUGCAGCAGUUUGCAAUUUCUGAAGCAACGCUCUUGGCCUGGUCGUCUAUGGAUGGAGAGAGCCCAAGGUCUGGGUCUAACCAGGGCAGCGUGGCACAUCUGAGCGAGGUCAACCAGGAGAGCAUCACCAGCAGAGAUCAGAUCCUGCAGCACACGGCCGCAGAGGUCUGGCCACACUCGUACGUCUCACAGGGACAUUACUGCCUGUCAUCCUCUGAGGCCUGGGACCCCAUCAGCUCGAAUCCCUCCGCUGUGACGUCCCCCCCGCCAGGCUCCUUCGUCAUGGGGUCUGAGGUGACGUCCCCUCCUCCCGGCUCCUUCGUCAUGGGGCCUGAGGGCUACGAUGGCCAGGCCGCUCACUUCCUGCAGCAGCAGCAGCAGCAGUUCAACCUGCAGCAGCAGAGCCAGCUCCAGCAGCUGCAGCAGCUCCAGCACUACCAGCAACAGCAGCUGCUGCAGUACCAGCAACAACAGUUGCAAAGCGCCAACCACUCGUUACAAGCGACGCCCAACAGCACCAUCCACAGCCUGGUGCACCAGGUUCACCCCCCGCUGGUGGACCUGUGGAACACGGGGCAGAUGGAGGCGUACCAGGCGGAGGCGGGGGGCUACAUGGGGGUGUCGGCUGUGGUGGAACCCGGCUUGUGCGCACCCUCGGGGGAUGAGAUGGUGGGGAGUGUGGGCAGUGAACAUUCUCCGCUGCUGGAGCAGCAAGAGGAAGAGGAGGAGGUCAAGGAAGAAGAGGUGACACUGUGCAUGGAGCAGGAGACCGCAACACUGACCCCGCCCACACAACAAGGGGACGCCUCGGGGGGCAGUAGUCCGGGACAACCGCCGUGCGAGCCAAUCACAGAGCGGCAGGCCUGUGAUGUCAACGCGCUCAGUCAAACACAGGAGCAGGAGCCAGAGGGGGAGGGGCCAGCCGCGGCUAUGCCAACCAACUGAAGUCAACUGUCAAGAGACUCCUUUUUACGAACUGACCUGGGAGCUGAAAGAAGCAUAGUAACAUCAUAUAUAUCUAUUAUUCUGUUCCGUUUCAGGUUCAAACUCAGUCCAUUGGUCAUGGGGGGGGAGGGACAUUGACUGCGAGUCAAUAGAAAUGAUGCAAAGGACUCCUCUUUGUUUGUACGCCUUACAUCCCAAAGGAACCGAGCGGCAGCAGACUGUGGCAUCUCCAUCAGGGAAUCAAACUCCCAUUCGAUCCAGAGGAGGUCCUGGAACAUGCAUGCUUUUAUGAAGACAAAAAAACCCUGUCACAUCCUCCAAUAAUAACAAACCACUAUAGGACAUUAUAAUAAGAAUAAUUUUCUAAUAAAGCGAUAAAAUUAAUACAAAGAAAAAUACGUGUAUAAUACAAUUUUAAUGUUUUCCAUUGGGAGAACUAAACUCUGUUUACAGCUUAUCCACAUAUUAGAUAGUGUUUAAUCAAAUUAUUAUCCCAGACAAAAGAUAAAGGAUUCUCCAACAGACCCAAACUUCUCCCAGUGUAAUGAGACUGCGCCGUGUGUUUCAGUGAAAUGCACCAGAGGAUUAGUGGCACCAGGAGGCCUCCUGCACUGGCACUGCACACAUGAGCUUUGUGCUUCCUACUGUUUGUCUGUGUGUAUGCAUGUUCUACUAUGGAGUACCUGUCCUAUACAGCACUGUAUAGACUUUGCACUGAACCAUAGUGAGCUGGUGGACUGGGGGCUGUAACGAGGAGCAGGGGGAGGAGAGGGAAGAUAGGGAGCGGAGGAUUUUAUGGAGAGAAUUAUGAGGAAGUAAAGACAGAGCUGCAUAAGCAAAUCUUUUUUUGCACUGAUGCAAUCCAACAGAUCAGAGGCUGCCUUUGGACUGUUGUUACCACCCAUCACUCGAAAGCUUUCCACUCCACCACAACCAAAACGAGCCACUUAACAACAUGAACCCUCAGACGCUUUUCAAGGACAGAGCUGCGAAAUCUCAAGACAAUAACUACUAUUUGAAUGUACUGGAGGCCAGAGGGCAGUACAUAUUUUUAAUCACCCAUUGAAGGAGGAGAGUUCAAAGAAGAUGGUUGGAAAGAAACAGUUUUCACUUUCAGAUUCAGCGCUGGUUAAACUUACACCUCCACUGUCUUGACACACAAACACAUGCAAAACAUUUAUCUAAAUUGUAACCAGCAAUAGGCAGACUACACUGGGUAAUUGCCUGUGUGAGCUGUCAUAUAAGUGUACAUAAAGAAUCGCCUCUUAAGAGCUGUUCAAUUGCUGUUUGAUUUCUUACAUCACAUUUUAUCUUUCAUUUCCACAAUUUCAUUUUUGUUUGCGCCACAAUCCACACACAAAAGGAGAUGGGUGAAUGUCGAUGCUGUAAAUAAAGCAAUUACCCGAUGAAACUAUUGGCGACAACUUGAAGAAAGAUUUUGGUUUUUAUUUUGAAAGGGACAACAGUAUCAGGGACCAGAACAGAAGACUUUUAAACUGAAAAGUAGAUCGGUGUCUUCCUGCUCAUCGCGAUUACUGUGAAGCAGCGACUGAAGUGUGAAAGUUAAUACAGUAAUAUGAAACGGAAGUGUUUUUAUUUUAUUUUUUUUUAUUCUUUAAGGAGCUAUGUUUGAUGGACAAUGGACUUUUGUGCAUGAUCCACUUGAAAAUCAUACAGCCAUCUUUAUCAUUGCUUUCAGUUGGGGAGCACGACCUCCUCUCACUCCAAUGAUUGUGUGAGGAACUUUUAAGAUAAAACAAAAACUGUUUAUUGACUUGAAUGAAUUUAUUUAUGAAUUGCUUCUUUAUGCAAUGUUGGAACAAUGUUUAUUUUUAUACUUGACUUGUUGAAAUCUGAAGUCUAAGUUGGCGUUGGUGUCAGGCUUGUAAAGCACUCUUGUUUUAUUCUGGUUUUGAGCACUUUACACGGAUGAUUUUUACAGUACAACGGGCCUGGUAGUUCUACAUUUAAACAUUCUGUAAAAAAGAAAUAUCAAACAUGGGUUAAAAUGACUUGAACUUAGAAUAUUGAUCUUCAUUUGAGUAGUUUAAGUAGACUUUGUAUUGAAACAUCACCCCUUUCUCUGUAACUGCUGCUAAUAGGAUCCACGUAAAACGUCCGUAUUAACCCACUCUACAUGAUUCUGGUGUUUAUUGUUGCUAUUUCGCUAUUUUGUCCAUAAAUCAAUUUAUAUGGAACUCGGAUCCAAAUUCACUCUUGUAACUGCCCGUUUCAGUGAGCUUCAUUUGACUGGAGCUGAACACUAUAGAUGAUCUCACACUCCCUUAGUCCACUUCUUUAUUUUUAAUCUUUUUUUUCCAGAUAAUUUGCAUAAUUUCUUGCAUAAAUUCAUUCACUCCUCAUUCACUUGAUAUUGGUAAGCUAUUUCUGUAACCACAGCUGCCCUGAAGUAGUGUGACAGAAGUUGUGGCUGCCAGUCUGCGACCUUCAGCCCAUCUGACCACCACCAAUCCCUCACACAAACACAUACCACUUUCAUGCAAGUUGGUGAAGUGUCUCGCAAAAGGACACAACAAUGUCUAGAUAUAUGUCUGGAUAAACUGUUAACUUUUGGGUGAGUGGGCAAAUGCUUUAACCAUUUAACAAAUUCACUUAAAUGUCCUAGUUUAUGUAACAUGUUCCAUUACAUUUCUCACUGGUUUAAAAGUUAACCCCACAAAUAUGCAACAAACCAUUUGGAUCAAGAUAUAAGCCAACAUAGCAGCUGCAUUCCCCCCCAGUCCCUGAUGGUUCACAUGUAGGACUCUCUUAGGAACCUUUGGCAAGUACUUGUUUCUAGUUAUUGCAAAUUUGCAGCAUAUCCACAUUUCUAUUUUUUAUUUUUUUUUUGCUAUAGUCAAAUUAAUAAUCUCAACUUAAUUUAUGAUUUACUUAAAGGCAAAAACACACACUAAACAUUUUUUUAUAUACGUCUAUAGAAAUUCAGGUGUUAAGGGGUUACCAAAUCUCCCACUGGGGUUGUGAAAAAUUCUCACUCCUUAAUAACAAAAUAAAUACUGAAACAAGCCAUUAACAUCCAGAAACAAGUAUAAGUAUCUACGUUCAACGAGUAAGUUUGUCAGAACUACUCAAAACAAGAUCCAUAUUUUUAAUUCAAGUCGUCAAGUCAUUUUAACUACUACAUAGUCUUUUUUACUGUGUAACUAAAGAAGCCCUGCGCUGACACCGGCAGAUGACACAAAUCCAGGGCUCAAAACUGCAAACAGAAUGUCUUUACACAACGGCACACCUUUGUUUAUCUACAUUUAAUUUUUAGGAAGAAGAAAAUGUGAAACCUUGUACAAAGUGAAUCCUUUCGGGCAUGAACGCCUCGGGGAGCAGUUUCUUUUUGUCAUUGAGAUUUAUGGAUUUGCUGCUGAAAAAAAAAAACCUGGAUGUUUUAUGAGUAAAUACACUGCAACAAUAUCUACAUGAGAUAAAAUGAUUUGCA